GCAUUUGCCUUAAAUUCAACACGCAAUCACAGUCCAGGGCUGAAAAGUCCAACUUACUACGCCCCACUCUUCACUGCUCCCUCUCUCUCUCUCUCUUGGCCUUGGGUUACGAUAAUAACCCCUUUCCAGUUUGAUGAACUUGAGUCCAUGAGAAUGAAGAUGUUUCAAUUCUACUGCUUUUUCUCCCUGCUCUUGUUGGCUCUCUCAGUCUCACUUGAAGCCCAACAAAUUUAUGUCAAUAACAAGCAGCUCGACUGCUACAACGACCUCAACUUCACCGAUGGGUAUGCCUGCAACGGCGUCCAAACCUCCUGCCAAGCCUACCUCACCUUCAGAUCCAAUCCUCCUUACAAUUCUCCGGCAACCAUCGGCUUGCUCUUGGGCUCCGAACCGAACCUUGUUGCCGAAGCCAACAACAUGUCCAGCUUCGACACCAUUCCGGCAGACACCCAGAUCCUCAUCCCGAUCAAUAAUUGUUCAUGUUCCGGUCCUUUCUACCAGCACAAUACCUCCUACAAGUUGAGCAGCAAGUCCGAGACUUAUUUCCUCGUCGCCAACGACACCUACCAGGGCCUCACCACCUGCCAGGCCUUGAUGGCUCAGAACCCUUACGGUGACCGCAAUCUGACGGUGGGGCUCAAUCUGGAGGUGCCCCUCAGGUGUGCUUGCCCGACUCGAAACCAGAUAGCUGCUGAAGUCAAGUACUUGCUCACAUAUAUGAUCACCUGGAAUGACGACAUUUCUUCUAUUGCCCAACUAUUCGGCGUGGACAAGCAGAGCGUACUCGACGCAAACGAGCUGACCGAACAAACUAUCAUAUUCCCUUUCACCCCCAUUCUGGUUCCCCUUAAGACCAAGCCCGCUCUAAUUCAGAAACCAGUUUCUCCGUCUCCAACGCCUCCUCCACCACCCACCACCACCAUCAACACUGGCUCCAGGAACAACAACAAAAGGUGGGUAUUCGUGGGUGUUGCCGUCGGAGCUUCUGCUUUGCUUGUUCUCUCCGCUUUUCUGCUUUGGUUCUUCUGUCGCCGCCGCGGCCGCCACUCUCACAAGGAGGCACCCAAGCCAAUCCCACCAGCUUUGUCCCUACCGACCAACAAGCCCUCACCUUCGCAUUCCCAAAAUUCCUGGACUUUUUCUACCCAAGAGGUUCGUUAUGCCGUGGAAUCCUUGACCCUAUACAAGUUUGAUGACUUGCAGAAGGCUACUGGGUUCUUCGGGGAGGCCAACAGAAUUAAAGGGUCAGUCUACCGGGGAUCCUUUAUGGGUGAUGAUGCCGCUGUUAAGGUCAUGAAAGGGGAUGUCUCCAGCGAGAUCAACUUGUUGAAGCGGAUCAACCACAGCAACAUCAUCAGGCUCUCUGGUUUCUGCGUACACGGUGGGAACACCUAUCUCGUUUACGAGUACACAGAGAAUGGGUCUCUCACCGAUUGGCUUGGCAACAAGUAUCCAGGCUCUUCCCCACUGGCAUGGAAGCAGAGAGUUCAGGUUGCCUAUGAUGUGGCCGAUGCCCUCAACUACCUCCACAACUAUACCAACCCUCCCUACAUCCACAAGAACUUGAAGACCAGUAACAUCCUUUUGGAUUCCAGCUUUAGAGCCAAGAUUUCCAACUUCGGGUUGGCAAGAACACUGGAGAAUCAAGAGGAUGGAUUCCAACUCACCAGACAUGUUGUUGGCACUCAGGGUUAUAUGGCCCCCGAGUACAUCGAGAAUGGAGUGAUUACUCCUAAACUAGAUGUGUUUGCAUUUGGGGUUGUCAUGUUGGAGCUCUUAUCCGGAAGAGAAGCAACUGCUGCUGACAAGCAUGGAGGAGAUGAUGAGGAGGACUUGCUGUAUCCAUCCAUAAGACCGGUGCUUGAAGGAAACAAUGUCAGAGAGAAACUGCGACGCUUCGUUGAUCCUUCUCUCAGGCACGAGUACCCUCUGGAUUUAGCCUUUUCCAUGGCCCAGCUAGCUAAAAGCUGUGUUGCUCAUGAUCUAAACUCUCGCCCAGCAAUGCCAGAAGUUUUAAUGACUCUGUCCAAGAUUCUUUCCUCCUCAUUGGACUGGGAUCCAUCUGAUGAGCUUGAACGUUCCAGAUCAGUUGGUCAUACUAAUGGCAGAUAGAUGGCAUAACAUAUCAUGUUUCGAGAUUGUAAGAUGCACAAUGAACUGAUACAAUCAAGUCUAGUAAUGCCGCAAUGGGAACCUAUUAUGUAAUAAGGCGAAUAAUGGGAGCCAAUUAUUUGUUCUCU